CCGGAAAUCUGAUGUUGAGUCCUGCUGGUAGGGCAAAAAAAGAUCAUUAGAUCCGAAGAAAGGGAGCUAAAGAUGGCUGGUUUUUCCUUCUGCUUCUUAAUUUUUAGCAUCUUCUCCGUAUCGGGAAUAACGGGACGUUUGAGGUCCUUUUGGGAGCCCAUUCGCUCUCAGAAACAGAACCGAACAAGCGUCUGUAUGGAGUCCGUCGACUCAUUCCUCAUCCAGGGAGUAGUCAAGAUACCAUUCUCCAUGAUCUCUUACUUAUCCAGCUUGCAGAGCCCGCAGUCCUUGGGCCACAUGUGCAGAUCCUGCCGUAUCAGACUGUAAACAAUGAUGUCCCUGAACACACUCAAUGUGAAGUGGCUGGCUGGGGCAUUAUUAGCAAUACGGGAAAGAAGCCGGACAAGCUGCAGUUCGUGCAUCUCAGAAUCAUCAAUCGAAAUCAAUGCAAUUCGAGGCGACACCAUGACGGCAGCGUGACGGAGAACAUGAUAUGCGCUGAAUCCAGAAAGAAAGACUCCUGCAAGGGCGAUUCUGGUGGACCUAUUGUUUGCAACGGCAUUGCUGAAGGCGUCGUGACCACUGGCUCCACUGUUUGCGGCAAUUGGCGGAAACCUGGGAUUUACACCCGGACUGCUCCCUACGUCUCAUGGAUCAACAGCACCAUCGAGUCCAACAAUUAAGUCAUAAGAGGGAUUGCUUGGUAGCUCUCAAUGCUGAGGCUUCAAGAUGCAAAGGGGGAUGAGAUUGAGCAAUCCAUUUGUCUGAAAUGAUGUAAGGUUUCCUGCCUGAGCAGGUGGUUGGACUAGAACAGGGGUCUCCAAUUUUGGCAACCUUAAGCCUGGAGGACUUCAACUCCCAGAAUUCCCCAGUCCUCCAGGCUUAAGGUUGGGCAUCCCUGGACUAGCAGACUUCCAGGGUCUCUUCCAUCUCUGUUAUUCUGUUCUCCCAAGAGGUUCAGAAAUAAAUCUCCUUCGCUUAUGGAGAUGGGCUCUGCUUUUCUUUUCUUUUUAUUUUCAUCAAAGGGGACCUGUACAUCAACCAGCAAUACUUACCAAGAAUUAUUGUCAACUUGCAAAAAUAAAGAAAUAAAUGGAAUGCAGGUG